AUGAAUCCUGAUGUCGUUUUCAACUCAGAAUACGGUCCAGACUCUAUCAUGCAGCACUGGUGCUUCAUGGACUGGUUCGGCGACGUGAACGUGGAGCUCGAGGGGUGGGAAAUGUUGGAAGGGGAAGCGCUCGUUGCGCUCACAACCACCCGCGUGACCGUCACGGCAAACACUCUGCGCAACGUGUUUCCUCACUUGCGCACCAUCGACAACAGUGACCGGAACGGCAGACAGAAGCGCGGGCCCAACGAUGCAUCUGAGGAAUCCGCAUACGACGACGUGGACGAAGACGACGCUGUCGUUGUCGAAUCAAACACAAGCGCACACCAGCCUCAAUCUUCGCCACGUGCACUUCAGUCCACGUCUACUGGAUAA